AUGCCUCCAAAAGCAGCCAAAGGCGAAUACAUUGAGACCGACACAGGAAACAAAAUCUCGCGUCGGUCCCAGAUUCACGGAACACAGCACAUCAUUCUCGGCGGUAAAUCCAUCAUCCAAGCCGACGCCGUCAUCCGCGGCGACCUCUUCCGCACCUCCUCCUCAGCCUCCACUCCGGACUCGAAAUCAGAUCCUAAAGCAGCUGCCGGCGCCGCAGGGAAUCAAAUCGCAAUUACAAUCGGGCGGUACAGCUAUAUUUCGCGGUCUGCGAUUCUGCGCCCGCCAUCUCGUCUGCACAGGGGGAUACACAGCUAUUUUCCGCUGAAGAUUGGUGACCAUGUUUUUGUCGGGGAACGGAGUGUAGUUGAGGCGGCGAGUGUUGGGAAUCAUGUUCAUAUUGGGAAAGACGCGGUGAUUGGGUCGAUGGCCAUUUUGAAAGAGUUUGCAUACGUGCUUGAUGGGGCUGUUGUCCCUGCGGGGAUGGUGGUUCCGAGCUGGUGUGUUGUUGGUGGGGCGCCGGCAAGGAUUGUUGGAGAGGUUGGGGAGGGGUAUGGGGUUGAGGGGGCUGAAGGUGGAAUGGCGAGAGAAAGAUAUCGCAUGGUUAGGUGA